AUGCAGCGCAGCACCACAGCCCAACAGAACCCCAGCGACGCACAAUCCCGAGCCAAGAAGCACCACAGCCCAACAGAACCCCACGCCCACCCCGCCACCGGAACCCCGCCGCCAAGCACAACCACCCCCCGCCCCACUCAUCGAAAUAGAGCCCGAAUCACCAGCUCAGUAUCAUCAUGCAGCGCAGCACCACAGCCCAACAGAACCCCAGCGACGCACAAUCCCGAGCCAAGAAGCACCACAGCCCAACAGAACCCCACGCCCACCCCGCCACCGGAACCCCGCCGCCAAGCACAACCACCCCCCGCCCCACUCAUCGAAAUAGAGCCCGAAUCACCAGCUCAAUAUCAUCAUGCAGCGCAGCACCACAGCCCAACAGAACCCCAAUUCCCACCCCGCCACCAGAACCCCGCCGCCAAGCACAACCACCCCCGCCCCACUCAUCGAAAAGAGCCCGAAUAA